UGAAUCUCGAUUCAGAGUCUUACACUUUCUUUGCUGUUGGUCUUUGUCUGUGGUUUUAAAGGUUGUGUGCGGUUCUACCAUGGAUCGUCCCUUUGGUCUCCCGAGGCCAAUGGAGUCUUCGAUUACCCACGAACAGGGAAUCCCAGCCGAAUUCGUUGGGCAUUAUCUUCAAAUUCCACCAAUUUUCCCUAAUCCGAUGAGCAAUCCAAUGUGCGAUUUCCCCGGUAAACCUCAGUCUGUAUAUUUCAAGACACGUAUGUGCGUGAGAUUCACAUCUGGUUGCUGCCCUAAGGGGAGCAACUGUAACUUUGCGCACAGCAUUGAAGAACUCCGCAGGCCUGUCGGAAACGUUGAUAAGAGAGCUUCGUUUCUACAGAAAGACCGCAGUUCGAGGAAUGAAUCAAAUAUUAUAAUUCCUGAAGUCUUUGAUCCAAGGGAGGAGCAAAAGCUGAGUAAGAACAAAAUUUGCUGGAAGUUUUAUAAUGGUGAGAUGUGCCCUUAUGGCGACAAGUGCAGUUUCAGUCAUGUAGGGCCGGGCUCGCUUCAGGAUAACCCUUUAUUCAAUCAAAAAUCUUUGUGCUGGAAGACAAAAAUUUGUCACAAGUGGUUAACUUCUGGUAAUUGCCCAUAUGGUGAUCAGUGCAGUUAUGCUCAUGGAGAUGCAGAGUUGAGGAAGCUCGCAGGGGAUAAUAAUAUUGAAUUGGUCGAAAAGAAUGUUCUUGAGGCUCCUCCCAAAUGUACUUCUCAUUUGAGUGAUGAUAUUUUAUCGAAGACAAUGAAAGAGCCAGAAGAUCGUAGAGAAAUUCCUGCAUCUCAACCAAAAGUUAGAGCUCUUUCAUUGAGAAAAAUUAGUCGCAUCUAUGGAGAUUGGAUAGAUGACACCGCUUAAUUUCUCUGGAUGGCGUAAAUUCUCAUCUCUAUAAUAUACUGAUUUUCUGCAUGAUUUUGUUCUGUCUAUUGAUUGACCACUCAUCUUGAGAGAAAUGACAUGCAACGUUAACUUUUGUAUAUAAUUUUUCUAUACAUUAAUGGUGUUUAAUUUUUAAUAAUCAUAAUAUAAUUUAA